UUUCUUGCAUACAAAGUUUCCAAAACGGACCGAGAGUAUCAAGAAUACAACCCAUAUGAAGUUUUACAUUUGGAUCCUCUUCUGCUACUCAUCUGGCAUUCUUUAUCUAGACUCAAAAUGGCUGUUUUUACUUGAAGUCUAACUUACUGUGGAGUAAAUUCAUCCUGUGCAGGCAUGCUGUUGAAAACUAGUGUUGGAAAAUGAUAGACACAUUUUAUAGAGAGAGAUAAAGGAACAGCAACUGAAGCCUCAGGGGAGCAAGUAUAUCAGAAAUUAAGAAACAGUACCGUGCACUAUCACUAAAAUACCAUCCAGAUAAAGGAGGAGAUGAAGUUAUGUUCAUGAGGAUUGCUAAGGCCUAUGCAGCCUUAACUGAUGAAGAAUCACGAAAAAAUUGGGAAGAAUUUGGUAAUCCAGAUGGACCACAAGCUACAAGCUUCGGUAUAGCUUUGCCAGCUUGGAUUGUGGAUCAGAAAAAUUCAAUUUUGGUUUUGCUUGUAUAUGGAUUAGCAUUUAUGGUUAUUCUUCCAGUUGUUGUGGGUUCCUGGUGGUACCGAUCAAUACGAUACAGCGGAGAUCAGAUUCUCAUCCGGACAACUCAAAUAUAUACCUAUUUUGUCUAUAAAACACGGAACAUGGACAUGAAACGGCUUAUCAUGGUGUUAGCAGGGGCAUCCGAAUUUGAUCCUCAGUACAAUAAAGAUGCUAUGAGCAGACCAGCAGACAACAUUCAGAUACCACAGCUAAUCAGAGAAAUUGGUGGCAUAAAUUUAAAGAAGAAUGAGCCUCCACUCACCUGCCCUUACAGCCUGAAAGCCAGAGUUCUGCUGCUGACUCAUCUUGCCAGGAUGAAAGUUCCUGAAGUCCUUGAGGAAGAUCAGCAGUUUAUCCUGAAAAAGAGUCCUGCACUACUUCAAGAAAUGAUUAAUGUGAUCUGCCAACUAAUAAUAAUGGCUCGAAGCCGGGAAGAAAGGGAGUUCCGUGCUCCAUCUUUGGGAUCUUUGGAAAAUUGCAUGAAGCUUUCACAGAUGACUGUCCAGGGACUUCAACAGUUCAAGUCUCCCCUUUUGCAGCUGCCUCACAUUGAAGAGGACAAUCUUAGGCGAGUCUCCAAUCAUAAAAAGUAUAAGAUCAAAAGUAUUCAGGAUCUGGUGAGUUUGAAAGGUUCUGAUCGUCGCAAUUUACUGCACUUCUUAGAAGAUAAGAAAUAUGAUGAAGUUAUGGCUGUCCUUGGCAGCUUCCCGUACGUCACUAUGGAUAUAAAACCACAAGUUUUGGAUGAUGAAGACAGCAACAAUAUUACAGUAGGUUCUCUUGUCACUGUUCUGGUCACACUAACAAGACAGACCAUGGCAGAAGUGUUUGAAAAGGAACAGUCUAUAUGUGCAGCGGAAGAGCAACCAACAGAAGAUGGGCAAGGAGAUGUCAACAAAGUUAAGAGCAAAGGAUGGCAGCAAAAGAAUAAAGGAACAAAGAAAGCUUCAAAAUCGAAGAAAAAGAAGCCAUUGAAGAAGAAACCUGUGCCACCUUCAUUGCAGCCACCGAAACAGCAGAAGCAAAAACAAGCUAAUGGGGAAGUUGUUGCGAAGGAAGAAGAGGAGGAGAUCUCUGAUAAAGGAAGUGAAUCCGAAGAAGAAGAAACAAACAGGGACUCUCAAAGUGAAAAAGAUGAUGGAAGUGACAGAGACUCUGACAGAGAACAAGAUGAGAAGCAAAACAAAGAUGAUGAAGCUGAGUGGCAAGAAUUACAGCAAAGUAUACAGAGAAAGGAACGAGCCCUUCUUGAAACGAAGUCAAAGAUUACGCAUCCCGUUUACAGUCUUUUUUUUCCUGAGCUUCCAGCAGUACACCAGCAUAACAGAAAAAGGUGUACUGACAUUCUGCUCUUCUGGCUGCCUUAGAUCAUGUCAAAUAUGCAGCAGAGUCUUAAUAUCUCCUUGCUGUGAAGGCAGCUGGCUUUGGUCAUCAGUCUAAGCUCAAACAGUGAGUAUGUGCUAUGCCCAGUGCCAUUGGGGUGCUAACUAUUCGUAUUUCUUUUUUACCGCACUGAGGAUUCCUUUGGAGACUUCACUUAUACUUUGGACAAAGCUGCUUAAGCUUCAGCUAUGUGUAACCAAGCUGCUGAUGGGUUUUAUGAUAAAACCGAAAUACAAUAUACUAAAUACUAUGCUAAACAAAAUAAAAAUCUAAGGCUGAACUGAAUGCUUGAACUUGAAACAUAUACAUGUAUUAUCUCAUGGUACUGCAGCUGUAAAUCUUCCAGCCUCUCUUCACCGAUUUCCUGAAAGUUGAAUGCAGCUGUACUUAGUGCUGUAGCUGCAGUUGAAGCAUGUUCAGGUAGAGUUGAUUUGCAAGCUCUGACGAACGAAAAUCCAUCAUACUCUCUGUGCAUUUUUUUUCAUCUGUGAUUUAGAGUAUUACGUGUAUUGUGGUCAUGUCCAGUUUAGAGAUGCAGAGUUAAGGAUUAAAUGCUGUAUUUGUGUGAAUCUCUGUAUUUCCAGAAUUUACAGAUGUUUGAGUGUAGCUGAGCCCUAAUAUUCUUGUUCUCAGGAGGUAGCCUUCACACGGUCUCAUCCAAGUUUUUGGGCAACUGAUUCCCCUGCCAGUGAUGCAUCUUUAAGCUAUGCAGGUUCCUAAAUAAUUAUCUUGUGCUCUUGCAUCCAUGGAUCCAGAAAUUGCACAGAUUGUAGUUUUGACAUUUUUAGGUAGAAACUGGCCCUGGUGUUCCAAUUUCAUGAACAUGCUGGUUCCCUGGCAUGCCAAACCUUGCACCCAUCUGUUAAAGGGCACUUUGCCCGCAUGCCUGUUAGCUUGCCAGUUUCUCACAGGCAUAAACUUUAAAUUCCACCCAAUAAGAGAGAGGAAAAUGACACUCCUGCACAGUUGUCCUUUCUAUAAAAAAGCAGUGGCCCUUUAGGGUCAGGAGCUUUACCUCCAAAGAGUUCACUCUAUAGAUUCCUUUGAGCAUUAGAUCAAUGAAUGUCAUUUGUUCUGGUAUUUCUUUCUCCCCUUGGCUGUUAUUUUUACCAGUUUUUCUGAAAAUCCAGUUGACAGUUUUGAUCUUUGUUCUAAAAAAAAAAAAAUUCCUUGCCACUGAGAGUGAUGGAAACAUACACAAUGUAUAGUAAGUUAGCAUGGUGCUUUGGUAACAUAAAAAAAAAUGUAUUGAUACAAAUGCAGAUCCUUUUUUCUAUGGUCAGAGUCCUUAUAGGCUUAAAAUGGUGAAUAGCUAUUUCUGUAAUGCAUCUAGCUUCUGUAGUUCUUGUUCAUCUGUACUGUUUAUACUGUUUAUCCUUCUAUUCCUAGAGGCCCCUUGGCUAGGAAAUAAACACUUUGUCUGCAUAAGAUUCUUCUUUGCUACAGCUGUCAAGCAGAUUGACAAUGUAUUUAUUGUUGAAACUUACAGAUAAAAUAACUUAUGCCUUGUAAUCACAUGGGACGGUUUUUUGUGAAGAAAAUCACUUGGAAUAGCUGUAAAAAGCACUACUUCUAAUUCUACAAAUUCUGGUCUUGAAUGGUAUAUAAAUAGGUUUUUGUCCUGUUCUCAGUGCCUGUUGUUCUAAAUACAUGAAGGAAUGCUGCUGCUUUAUUGUGAUGCAGUUGCUUUUACUUUUAUGCACUGUAAAAUGGGCAUUAAUGUAUUGAGUUAAUUUUACACUCCUCUGCUCUGGGACUCACCAGUGUUAAUCAGGGUGUUUUCGUUGCUGGUGCGAGUGUCUUGCCAUUGUAAAUCUGUAGUUUGCUAGUUGAAUAUUUCAGUGAGAUGAUGGUAAUUAUUACUAGCAUAAUAAUUAGUCACUUCAAAAGAGAAAAUGAGUUAAUCUAGCUUUUGUAAUUUUUCAACCUGCGUUGUUUAAAUUUCAGAUCACCAAACAUUGGGUUCUGAAGUGUUUAACACCAAAACUACUGAACUUUUGACUCUUUCAGUAGAGACAAAAAUUCUUCAAA